AUGUCUCCUACUCCUGACCUCGGGGACAGCCAUGCCCCUAUGAAACCGCACACAACUUGGAUCAACAUCAUCACUAUACUUGCGGCCGCAACGGCAAGUUUCAACUUUGGCUAUUCCAACAAUGCCAUUGCUGGGACGAUCGCCCAAACCUCAUUUGUUGAGUACUUCUUGAUGAAGGACCCCACGUCUCGCGUGGGAGGAAUGCUUGGAGCGUUCUUUGGUGGAGGAUUCAUUGGAAGUGUGAUUCAGAGCCCCAUAUCCUCGCGCUUCGGGAGACGACCUUGUAAUAUGGCGGCAGCUGUCAUUAUCAUGAUAGCUGGAGCUCUCCAAGCGGGCAGUGUCCACAUUGCAAUGUUCCUCGUUGCUCGUGUCCUUAAUGGAAUUGGAGCUGGUAUCAUCAUCGCGAAUACGCCAGUCUACAUGAGCGAAAUUGCGCCUGCUCAUACUCGCGGUAUUCUGGUCAGUUUCCAGGGGAUCUCGAUCACCGGCGCCUACAUUUUCUCAUCCGUCUUCGCUCUCGCAUUCCACUUUGUCGAUCAUUCCUAUCAGUGGCGCUUGCAAUAUAUCAUUCUGACCGCCGUUGCAUUACUUUUGGUGGUGACCAUGUAUUUCAUCCCGGAAAGUCCUCGGUGGCUCAUGGAUGACGGACGAGCCGAUGACGCCUGGGCGGUUCUACAGAAGCUGCACAAGUCGAAGAAAGACCCCACGGCGAAACUUGCACGUAUGGAAUAUAUCCAAAUCAAGGCGCAGAUUGAAGAAGAAAAGUCUUUGCCUUCUGGUUACUGGUAUAUCCUGAAAACGCCUCACAUGCGCAAACGAGCCAUCUGUGGAUCCAUUGUUUGGGUCAUGGGGCAAUCGACUGGCAUCGUUGUCAUCGCAAAUUUCGCACCACAGCUCUUUGCUGGUCUGGGAUAUAGUAACGUACUUCAAUUGGGGCUUUCCGUCGUCUGGGUCACAGUAUGUGCAAUCGGAACUUGGCUCAGUGGUCUUCUUAUCGAACGUCUCGGCCGAGUGAAGCAACUUGCUCUGGGAGGUUAUCUCUGCAGUAUUUGCCUCAUCAUUGAGGCAGUCCUCCAGAAAUACUACAUCGGAUCCUCUAACGCAGCAGGUCUCAAAGCGGCUACUGCGAUGUACUUCAUCUUUGUCUUCAUCUUCGGGCUGUUUAUUGAGUGUCCUGGCUAUACCUACAUCGUUGAAAUAUGGCCAACUCACCUCCGAAGUGAGGGUGCGACGAUCGGCUUUGUUUCCUACUUCAUAAUGACCAUUGUGUACAACAGCCCAGCGGCGGAAGCCUUUGCAACCAUUGGAUGGCGCUACUACUUUGUGAUGAUUGCGGUCUGCAUCGUAUCCAACACCUUUCUUCUCUGGUAUUGUCCUGAGACUGCCGGAUUGACCUUGGAAGAAAUUGCAGCUAAAUUUGGAGAUCAUGUGGCCGUGGAGAUCUCUGCUAUCGACGUCAAUAAGCUCGAGUUUGAGAAGACUGGCGAAAAGCGAGUGGAAAGUGUCGAAGAGGCGUGA